UAUAGUCCUUUACGUACACAACGAAUCCAUUUGAUAGUGAGAAUUACCAUCCAUUAUGCUAUAUAUAAUGCUGUUUCUGCUCUCUGCCUUCGUCUCGCUGGCAGAUGUUGUCACAACUUCGUCAAACGAUAAGGACCUUCCAGAUGUUGAAGCCCACCUGCCUAAUCAGUCUCUUCGCAAUAUCCCUGCCAUCCCCUCAAAGAACGUCCGUUCUUCUCAGUUGUUUGGUGGAUCAGAUGAAGCUAAUAAAAGAAGUGUGGGCGCCGUCAAACGUAGCCAUUUCAAAGGACUUGUGCUUCGUCGUGAUCAAUGGGAUUCACGCCUGUGGCCAAAAGGAGAAGUUCCAUAUGAAAUGUCACCGAAAUACAAUUCUCAAGAACGAAGUGAAAUCAAAUUGGCGAUGGAUGCAUUUCGCAAACACACAUGCAUAAAAUUUCGACCGCGAACUCCAAGUGAUAUGUAUUACUUAUCAAUCUCAAAUGAUGGUGGAAAAAACGGAAAAGGGGAGUGUCGGAGCAUGGUCGGUCGUCAAACAAGAGCUCGUACACCUGAGGGCAAGUUCAAAACAGAGAUAAAUCUGCAUGCUGAUUGCAUUUAUCAAUCUAUGAUACUUCAUGAACUAAUGCACGCUAUCGGCUUUCAUCACGAACAUCAGAGAGACGAUCGCAAUCCACUUAUUGAUGCAGCGCUUGACCCACACCCGGCUCUCAAUCAUAUGAUCUUCUCGAGAACAUUUGCGUACUACAUGGGCAAUUACGACCCAGAGUCUAUCAUGCAUUACCCUUUUCCUAAUUUUAAAGACUAUGAACGGCAGUACUUUUCAAAAUCGGACAUCAAUAAUAUCAACAAGUUGUACAACUGCACAGAUAAAAUGAGAUUUAGAAGUGUCUAAACAACUAUGUUUGUGUUUAUAGUGUAGCAUCCCUCUAUGAAGUGUUCACUCAAGGGAUGGCAACGGUGU